CUCACAAAAUUUCCGAUCCGACGACGAUCUACGGUCUUGUUCUCAAUCAGCUGCUAGUAGUACAGCUGGGAAAAAUAGUGUUGGUAUUAUUCGUUUUGAUUUUGUAAUUCCUACUUUUCCUAAACAUGGAAAACAUAGGCAGCAAGGCUGUUGGAUUAUCCAGGCAGUACAUGCAAUUACGUAACCUGGCUACAGCUGCAGCUGCGAAGCCUGCUGUUGCACCUCGAAUCAAGAAAUUUGCCGUCUAUCGAUGGAAUCCUGAUGUCUCUGGAGAUAAGCCGCAUCUUGAGACCUAUGAAGUAGACUUGAAUACGUGUGGGCCUAUGGUUCUUGAUGCUUUGAUUAAAAUCAAGAGUGAAAUGGACCCUACACUUACAUUUAGGAGGUCAUGCAGAGAAGGUAUCUGUGGCUCCUGUGCUAUGAAUAUCGGUGGUUGCAAUUCUCUUGCCUGUAUUAGCAAAAUUGAUACUAAUUUGGACAAACCUGUGAAGAUUCAUCCACUACCACACAUGUAUGUUGUUAAGGAUUUGGUGCCUGAUAUGAGUAACUUCUAUGCUCAGUACAAGUCCAUUCAACCUUGGCUGCAACGCAAGGAUGAAUCAAAGUUGGGGCAGAAACAAUAUUUGCAGAGUGUAGAUGAUCGUCAGAAACUGGAUGGUCUCUAUGAGUGUAUUCUGUGUGCAUGCUGCAGCACAUCGUGCCCCUCUUAUUGGUGGAACGGCGAUAAAUAUCUUGGCCCUGCUGUGCUCAUGCAGGCUUACCGCUGGAUGAUUGAUUCACGUGACGAAGCUACUAAAGAUCGUUUAGAUCGUCUGAGGGAUCCGUUCUCGGUCUUCCGCUGCCACACGAUUAUGAACUGUACGAAGGCGUGUCCAAAAGGCCUGAACCCGGGAAAAGCUAUUGCCGAGAUCAAGAAGCUUUUGACUGGUUUUGCCACCAAACCAGAACCAACAAUGAAUCCCGCUGGUUAAGGAAAAUUAUCACGCGCACAUUCGCAAUAUGAGAAGGGCUGUAGUUGAUUUCAGUUUCGCGUUUAUUAUACAACCUAAAACGACAUACUUGCCCUAUUCUCCUGUAGUUAUGAACGAGAAAUAAUAUAAGAUUUUGGAUGUGUUUCAUCUGGAGUCAUCAAAUUAAAA